ACUACGUUUUUUCCGAACUAAUCGGUCUUUUAACCUUUAGUCGCAUUUCUUCAUUUUGUAGAAGCCAAGUUUAAAAAAAAAAAACUUUUAUGGUCGCACGACCUACUUUAGAAAUUAACUAGAAGAAAACAAAACACGCAAAUUAAAAAUGGCUUCUGAAAUAUUAAACAAAAGUGAUAAAUAUAAACUGUUGCCACCCGAUGGAGGCUAUGCCCAUGUGAUUAAUAUUGCAGCUACUCCCAUUUUGACAAUUACAUUAGCGCCUAUUUCAAGUUUUGCUUUAAUAUUUGGACCCUACUUAUCACAAUAUCACGAUGAAACAAGUUCCAUCACCAUUGUGACAUCGGUUUAUGUAUCUCUUUUACAUUUAACAGGUCUUUUAGCAAACUGUUUUCUUCAAAAGUUAUCGUAUCGGACAGUGGCACUAAUUGGAGCUGUUUUACACUUUAGCGGAAAUGUAAUGUCGAUCUUUACAGUUGAUUUAAUUUUUUUAACAGUAUCGUAUGGAGUAAUUCAAGGUUUAGGUGCAGGCCUUUUAAUACCAUCUUCAUUAUCGGCAAUUAAUGCCUAUUAUAAUGUGAAAAAACCGACCGCUAUGGCAAUUGGACAAACAAUGGUUGCCUUGCUAAGUAGUGCUUAUCCUGAGUUUACAAGAAUUUUAUUGGAAAAUUAUGGAUUUAGAGGAACGCAAGCUAUCUUCACUGCAAUUAAUUUGCACAUUGUAGUCGGAUCUCUAUUGCUACAACCGGUUGAAAAACAUUUAAAACGGAAGUCAAUAGUAGACGAUAUGGUUGCGGCUAUUGCAUCUGAAGUUCAACACUUUCUCGACUGCUCUGAAAAUCACCUUUCUUGUCCUAGUAGAGUUAAUUUGGUAGAAACCAACUCAUCAACAUCAAAUAUUGUAAUUCAGAACAAUGAAGAAGACGAAGAAGAAAUUAACAAUAUAAAAAUUCUGGACUGCACUGUUUUAAAAGAUGCCUGGUACUGGAACAUAUCCAUAGGUCUAGCCGUUAGCUUCAUUUCUGAAACAAAUUUUAUGGCAAUUUAA